CGGUGUUACCGCCUUCAUAGUGCACUGUGGAGUGAUUUGGGAUUCGGCCCAUGUUCUCAGCGGCAGCUGACUCUGUCUCUCUCCACUUCCCUUCCCUUCCCUUCCCUUCUUCCACACUGGGAGAGUUAGAUAGGAGAUAGAUCCACUCCGGCUCUGGUUUAUGCUGUUGUCAUGGCGAGUGAAGGCUCGUGCGCCUGUCACUUUGAAGCUUGCUAGGAAGCGGUAGGCCUCACUGAAGCCUCGGCCUGGCGUGAUGUCGGAGCCGAAAGCGGCCGCUCCGGCGCCCGGAGACACCUACAAGGGCUGGCUGUUCAAGUGGACCAACUACAUAAAGGGAUACCAGCGGCGAUGGUUCGUCCUGAGCAACGGCCUGCUGUCUUAUUACAGGACCCAGGCGGAGAUGGGCCACACGUGCCGCGGUACUAUAAAUCUGGCCACAGCCAACAUCGCAGUGGAGGACUCCUGCAACUUUGUGAUCUCUAACGGUGGUGCGCAGACGUAUCACCUGAAGGCGAGCUCUGAGGUGGAGAGACAGCGCUGGAUCACGGCCCUAGAGCUGGCUAAGGCCAAAGCUGUGCACAUGCAUGCUGAGUCGGAUGAUUCUGGGGACGAGUGUAACACCUCUCCACCGAUGGCAGCUCAGGGUGUCGGGACUCGUAACUCGGAGGUCCAGUCCACGCUGAGAACUCUGGGAAGCAAAGUGGAGGACCUCAGCACGUGCAACGACCUCAUCGCCAAACACGGCUCCGCCCUCCAAAGGUCCUUGUCCGAGCUGGAGAGCAUUAAACUGGGCGGAGAGACGAGCGAUAAAAUCCGGCAGGUGACCGAGAGGGCCACGCUGUUCCGCAUCACGUCUAAUGCCAUGAUCAACGCGUGUCGGGACUUCCUGGCCCUGGCUCAGGCGCACAGUAAGCGGUGGCAGAAAGCUCUACAGGCCGAGCGGGAUCAGAGGGUUCGUCUGGAGGAGACGCUGGAGCAGCUGGCCAAGCAGCAUAACCACCUGGAGAGAGCGUUCAGAGGAGCCACCGUGCUGCCCGCCUCGUCCAGUAACACCACGGCCGACAGCAAAGGCUCAGCUGCAGCAAAGGGUGACGCCAGCGAUGAUGAGGAGAAUGAGUUUUUCGAUGCGUGUGAGGAGUUUAUCACCGUCCCAGCCGACCCCAAAUACCACAGGAGGUCGGGCAGUAACGUCAGUGGGAUCAGCAGUGACAUGGGGAUGGACGAUGGCACCACUUCGCUGGACGAGCAGUCUCUGGCGUCCAAUCCGGAGUCUCCUCAGUCCCAGGAGGUGGAGCCAGUGAGGAAGAGGCGGACCCGAAUCCCAGACAAACCCAACUACUCACUCAAUCUCUGGAGCAUCAUGAAAAACUGCAUCGGCAAAGAGCUCUCCAAAAUCCCCAUGCCUGUGAACUUUAACGAGCCGAUCUCCAUGCUGCAGCGUCUGUCCGAGGAUCUGGAGUACUCCGAGCUGCUGGACCGAGCUGCUAAGUGUCAGAGCUCACUGGAGCAGCUGUGUUACGUAGCGGCCUUCACUGUGUCUUCUUACUCCACCACCGUACACCGCACAGGAAAACCCUUCAACCCUCUGCUGGGGGAAACGUACGAGCUCGACCGCCUGCAGGAGAGCGGAUACAGGUCCCUCUGCGAACAGGUGAGUCAUCAUCCUCCUGCUGCAGCUCAUCACGUCAUCUCUGAGCGAGGCUGGACCCUGAGGCAGGAAAUCACUGUGGCCAGCAAGUUCAGGGGCAAAUACCUCUCCAUCAUGCCCCUCGGCUCUAUUCACUGUAUAUUUGAGAAGAGUAAUAAUCACUACACCUGGAAGAAGGUGAACACCACCGUGCACAACAUCAUCGUAGGAAAGCUGUGGAUAGACCAGUCAGGAGAGAUUGAUGUGAUAAACCACAGAACAGGAGAUCGCUGCCACCUGAAGUUCGCUCCCUACAGCUACUUCUCCAGAGAUGUGGCCAGAAAAGUAACGGGUGUGGUGACUGAUAAGGACGGUAAAGCUCACUACGUGCUCUCGGGGACGUGGGAUGAGAAGAUGGAGUUUUCCCGUGUAAUGCAGAGCAGCCGAGGAGGAGAGAACGGGGCAGAGGGACGCCAGAAAACUGUCUACCAGACACUCAAAGCUCGAGAACUGUGGAGGAAAACUCCUCUGCCAGAUGGAGCAGAGAACAUGUACUACUUCUCAUCCCUGGCGCUGACACUGAAUGAGGCGGAGGAGGGCGUGGCCCCCACAGACAGCAGGCGACGCCCAGAUCAGAGACUGAUGGAACAGGGGCUGUGGGAUGAAGCCAAUGCUGAGAAACAGCGCCUGGAGGAGAAACAGCGCACUGUGCGACGGGAGCGAGAGAGGGAGGCGGCUCAACUCGCCAUUACCGAAGACAGUGAGGCUCUCAUUGAGGACUCCAUAACUGACUCGCCUCUAAAAAGCGCCCCGCAGGACAGCUACAAGGCCCUUUGGUUCGAGCAGCAGGAAGACCUGAUGACUGGAGAGCCCACGCAUAUCUACAAGGGGGGGUACUGGGAGGCUAAAGAGCACGGCGACUGGCACGCCUGCCCCGAUAUCUUCUGAAUUAGCACUGUGUGCACCUCUGAGUGGACUAUUACAACUACAGCAACAACAUAGAAAGGAAAAAAAAAACGCAGCAAAUCGGCUUUCUUUCCCUUUGCUGGAAAACGGGAAGCUCAGUAUGGGCUUCCACAUCCAUCGUUUCUCAGAAACGCUAAACACCCCGUCCACACCCCGUCCCCACCCCCUCCCCUCCCCACCACCUAAAACAGGAAAUACCAAAGGGGCGUAUGGGACUCGUAACUCCGCCCACUUCUGUGAGAUCUCCUGUUCACUUCCCCUCUCUCUCUCUGUCAGUGUUAAAGUCUGCUAAGGGGAUGGACGUGUCUUCCACAGGGGCGUGGCCUGUUUCCGGGCUGAGCCCAGACGGAUUGCUCUUAUCUACAUGAAACAGCUCGAGGAUAAUGAAGGACGUGAUGUUCAGGGAGGUUUAAUGGGUCGAUGUUUCAGUUUUUCACACAAUCACUUAUUUAAAAAUCAAAAAGAAUUAAGAUCA